UUGCCAGCUGCAUUCAGAAAUUCAGUUGGCAUUUUUAGUUCGCUGCGAGUCCUUUGCGCAGGAGGCAGCAUUACCAACAGCAACCGCAGCAGCAGUGACUCAAAAAUGUAAAUCUAAAAGUGUGCAAUUUGUGUUUAUACAAAUAUAACAUAUAUCAAUAUAUAUAGUACUUAAAAGCAUUGCAAAUAAUUUGACAAUUUGCGAAAUUGAGCGUGGGUGAAAGUCGCGUGUGCCGUUCAAGGCUUUGGCGAAAAGUUGUGUGUGCCGUGUAUGUGACUCUGUUGUGUAUAUCGUGUCAGGUCAGUUGAGCGUUCAAGGACUUUUUCGUGGAGCAAAAAACAACAACAAUAUGCGUGCAGUAACAAUAAAAACGAGCUGUAUAAAAUAAGACGACACAGAAUCUCAAUUGCCACAACGAAAGCUUUAAAUUGUUUAGAAGCGCAGUCAAGUAUUGGCUUUGGUCCAAGAAUAUGCAUUUCUGGAUAGACAAACGCUCGCAGCAAUGCGGUUUUGGACGCUCGCGUGUUGCAGCCUCAUUGUCGCAUACGGGCAACGGCCUAAGCUAUGGACAUCCACCACGGCGCAGCAAGCCCAGCAACAGCAACAUUGGUGGAAGCAACAGCAGUAGCGGCGGCAACAAUCUUGCAUCCGUGCAUCGUUCGCCUGCGCCUUAUGGGAGUGAUUGUCAUGUGGGCGCCAGCACUAGUCGGCAGGCAACGCAAUAUAAUAGCAGCAGCAGCAACAACAAUGCCAAUGUCAGCAACAAUCCACAACAACAGCAGCAUUAUAGCAGCCUUAAUAACAACAGCAAUGCCGCCAGCACAACAGCAAUUACGACUGCCAGCAACAACAACAAUGCCAAUGCCACAGCUUCUUCGGCAGCCGUCCUAACAGGCAGCGGCACCAUUGUGCCGCUUGUUGCACGUGGCAACAAUUAUCAUCAAGCUAGAACGCGCUAUCAGCCUAGAGCACAGCAUCAACAGCAAAUACAACAUUAUCCGCAGCAACACUACAGCUACAACUAUCAUCAUCCACAGUUCGGCAACAUGGCAGUGCCUGUGCGGCAGCAUGAGACCCAUCAGCAGCAACAGCAGCAUCAUCAUCAACAGCAACAGCAACAUUCCGGUGUUUAUGCCGAUGACGCCUAUAGCGCCUACCAUCAUCAUCAAAGCAGCAGUUGCAAUAAUUCGCGCUAUGCAACGCCACGACGCCACAAUUCCGGUAGCAACAUCCGGCACGCUGCAGCAGCCACAGCCGCAGCUCCACCAACACUUGCCACAUCAGCAUCAACGGCCGCUGUUUCUGCCACGCCCAUACCAAUCACAACCUCACAGCCCAGAAGACAGAGCCAGCAGUUGCAGCAAUAUCAUCAAGCUUUGCUGCAGCACGCCGAUUCGCAACUGUUGCCGUCCCACCUUAAAUGUGGCAUGUGCGCUUCGCUGGUGCUGGCGUCGGUGUUCGUGGCUGGCACCAAGUUCUACUUUGAUCACCAGGGUACCGGCUUGGAGGUUCUUAUCUUUUGCGCCUUUUCGGCAACAUUCUUUCUGGCCGCCUGCAUGGUAUCGCUUUGCCGCAUACCCAAAGGUCUAAUACGCAGCCGCAGCGAUGGACGUGCCGCUUGCCAGAGUCGAGGCGUUAGUGCUGGUGCUGGCAGCAAUGCUAACGGUUGCAUGCUCGAGCUAAAUGAUGUACGGUACUUGGAUGAGCGACAGGUGGAGAUUAGUGCAGCAACAGCGGCAGCUGCUGCUGCUGGGCCACCUCCUUAUCAUAUAGCCAUAUUGCUGCCAGAGCAAACGCAGACAAUAUUGGGUAAACAGUUGCCACUGGAUGAAUCACCACCGCCGUCCUAUGAUAAGAUACUGGUGUAGGAUAGGCUAGGGGUAGAGCUUUGGUUUUCUUUAGGAAUUGAGCUUAAAUUUCAGUUCAAGACCAGCUAUGAACCCAUUUCGGUAAAAUCAACACACUUGCUCAAUAUUUUUCUAAAAAUAUCAAAAUUUAUAUAAA